GUUUAUCGGUAACUACGGGAACGCUUGGUAGCGCAGCCGCAGUCACAGAAGCCGCUACUCGAUCAUCCACGGUGGUGUACAGGCCUGGUUCCAAACGCGGGAACCAUCGUCAGCUUUUCACUUCUUCACGCCAGUCAGUCAGCUCCCCAACAAAUACAAAGACCACAGCUUACGAUGGCCGCAACGAGAAGCAGUGUGCUGGCAGCGAUGCUGCUGCUAAUCCCCGCAGCAAUCGUAGAUGCCCAGUUCAAGUGUCCCAAGAACCGGGGACAGUUCGAGGAUCCGGUGCAGUGCGACAAGUACUACGUGUGCGACGAGGGCGAAGCGACCGAGAAGCUCUGCCCGGACGGGCUCGUCUUCGAUCCGACGAUCAAGCUGGUCAACAAGUGCGACCAACCCUUCAACGUCGACUGUGGCGAUCGGUUCGAGCUGCAACCAGCCCAGGGUACUACCGACUACUGUCCGCGCAAGAACGGGUUCUUCAGCCAUCCGGACCCGUCGAUCUGCAACGUGUUCUACAGCUGCAUCAACGGCGAGGAGCUGGAGAUGAGCUGUACCGGUGGGCUGCACUUUGACGAAAAGUCCGGCACCUGCGUGUGGCCUGAUGUGGCCGCCCGCGAGGGCUGCGGCAGCAACGCCAACAAAAAACUCAACGACGGCUUCCAGUGUCCGAAGGAGACGCGCUACGACAAAAAUGGACAGGUCAUCACGCACCCGAACUAUCCGCAUCCGAGCGACUGCUCCCAGUUCUACUACUGCCUGAACGGUAUCGAGCCGCGCCUCGGCAAGUGCGACGCCAAGAUGGUGUACAACGAGGAUCUGCAGCGCUGCGACGAUCCGGAGAACGUGCCGGAAUGCAAAGACUGGUACAAGGAGGAGGACGCUAACAAGAACUGAAUGACCUGUGUGCAUUCGGCGUGAGCGCAGUGAGUUGCUGCUGCCGCUGCUGACGACGACGUCCGCUGCCUGCUGCCUGGAUCAGCGCACCAGCAUUGCUUUGUGAUAAAUGUCUCCCCUCUCCACAAAAACGCGUUUUUUACUACUGUUCGUUUACCGUUAGCUAAGGUGUCCGCCAUCCACACUAAGCCUCCGCAAAAACCACCACCGGUCGGUCGGUCGAAAAUUUUUUGGACGGUUACGGCCAUGCGCAAAAGGAACCACUCAAACAGUCACGUCCCGUCCGUGUGCCUGCCAUCAAUCAAUCAAUCACGAGUCACACGAUCAAUCCACCACACCCCUGUACCUUCUGACAUCAAUCGAGCAGUUGAGGAUGUACUCAACUGCCCAAAAGUCUAUUGACCUGCAACUGUGUCGGUCGAUAUCUUUCCUCAUUUCAUGCUCUCUUUCUCUCUCGCUAUCUCUCUGUGUAUCUUUCGUUCAGUUCUACACUUUUCAACUGCACUGUGCAUACUUUCUCAUCUUUCACGCCUUCUUCUUCUGGCUAGCUUCCUCUUCUUUCUCGAAACCGAUUUACUUUCCAACCUCUGUUUCGUCAUAUCUCGUCAUUAUGCCCCUUUUUCUGAACUCUCGCCACUAUUAUUUCAUGCCAAACCAACUUACCAAUCCUUACCGCUACAUCUCGUGCACUGUCCUUCUCUCGCUGUCUUUCUACAUCUGCAUCCAAUCCAAUCCAUCUAUUUUCAUAACGAUUUUGUUUUCCGCUCCGGCAUACCUCGCACACAUCAUCUGCACGCAUCUUUGGCGGGUGUGACACAAUAGCCAACCGCAAAAAAACCACACGCACGGGGUGAGGCUGCCAGAUUCCUUCUUGCUUAGUGGAUUGCGCAAGCCUUCCUGUCCAGUAGCUCGACCGGCGGCGUAAGCAAUUGUAAGCAGAAUCAAUCCAGUAGUGGGACGAGAAGAAGUCGAAACAAGGGAGAAAACCCCAUAACUAGACGGCGCAGUAGGACGAAACGCUUCUGCAUAGACCAGCCAAGAAAGCAGUCGACCUUCGGGUCUGCGAGGGAGAGUAGCCUUAGCGUAUGAAUAAAACAUAAAGCCUGAUUGUAUAAGGAAUAAGGAAAAAUAAAAUGGAGAGAAGAAGCACAAAAAAACAAA